AACUUAGAUAUACAAAAACUUAGCUGUGGCCAGUAGUGAAAAGUUAACCCAUGUUUUUACUAUCAUAUAUAAUAAUAAUAAUAAUAAUCACAGUUUUUUAAUACAAAACUACUAUUACAUGUCUAUCGUGAAAAAUGUGUUAACUCUAAUUUUAUUGAUAAAAAAUUGAUUUAUUACAAAAGUGUUUAAUUUUUUAAAUAUUAGCUUACAUUUAUUUUGUUUGUAUUUAAAAUUCCGUUAAAUAUUAUUAAGUAAUGAAAAAAUGGCAAGAACUCUUUAAUUUAAUUGGGUGUAGAUAUAGUUAUACAAUAAUCACUUAAUUCCUUAUAUUUAUUAAAAAUUGUGUUUAUUAUCUCUCAAAUAUUUUAAAACAAUUCUUUUAAAAAUUUCUUUGGAAUUUUAUUUUUAAAAUUGUAUAGUUUAAUUUAUUAAAAAUGGAUAAAUGGGAUACAUUAACUGAGGUGUUGAUAUCAGAUGAAGUGUUACUAAUGUGUCAAAAUUUAGCACUUCUUACAGAGAAAGAAGAAGUUGCUGCUUUAUUGAUUGGUGAAAAAAUAAUUAGUGAAAAUGGAACAAAGGUUUCUGUAUCAGCAUUGUCAAUACCUCCACGAGGUGAAAUCAAAAAAGAUAGAGUAGAAAUUAUGUCUGAAGACUUGGUUGCAGCUAUGGAAGAUGCCAAACAACUAUCUCGCGUUAAAGGUUCCAAUUUAAAUGUUAUUGGUUGGUAUCAUUCACAUCCUCAUAUUACUGUUUGGCCAUCAAGUGUUGAUUUACAAACUCAACUAAAUCUACAAAACAUGGAUUCAUGUUUUCUUGGUAUAAUUUGUUCAUCUUACAAUACUGAUACUACUACUAUGAUGAAAGAAAUGAAUAUGGUGUGUUUUCAAUCAAAACGAAUUGACGGAAAAUUACUAAGAGUUGAUAUAAAAUUCCAUGUGAUACCUACAUUAUGUACAAGUCAACUUUCAUUAGGGAUAACUGUGAAACACAUUGAAACACUUUAUGAUGAACUUAUUAAAAACUAUAAUCAAGCUAAUGAAGAUUUGACAAAUCCAAUGGCUCAACUACAUAAUGAUUCUGUUUAUUCACUAUUAGGAAUUCAUAUGUUAGAGACUGUAGCCAAACCAAUGUUACAAAUGCUAGAAACUCAAUGUGAAAGCUCUUCUAAAAUGGUACAAAGAUUGCAAACAAAACUUGAACAAACUUCAAUUGAUGGUGAUUACCAUUGUGAUGGUAAAAAUGUUAAAGAAAAAAAAAAUAACGAACAAAAAUUUGGAACUUCAGUUCCAAUUGUAGAUCGAAAAUCAAAAAAACAAUGUUCUAGUAUGGUAUCUUCCCCUGUUUAAAGGCUGGCUUUUUAAAUAGGUUUAUAAGUAUUUUAUUUGUAGUAUCUACAAUUUUUAUUUUAUUUUAUAUUUUUUAGUAAUUUUAAGUAUUUUAUUCAAUUGUAAUAUAAUUAGUGAUCAACAACGAUUUGUGAAUAUCAAUAUAAUCUUGAUAUCAACAGUAUUUUUAGUAAAUACUUAAUAUUGAUUGAUUGGAAUGGGCUUGUCAAGAAUAGAAAUUAUCGAAAAUGUUGUUUGUAAAUUUAUCAUCUUAAAAUAUACAAAUAAUAUUCAUGUCCAAUAAAAUCUUGUUGACAAUACCUUGUAAUAAUAUUAUUAUUGUUGACAUUAGUGAUAAAAUAUUAUUAGGAUUAAAGAUGUUAGUUUAGGAGAGGCAAUAUAAUUAAAAAUACAACUAUUAUUCAAUCAAUUCAAUUAUCAAUAUUAAAACUAAUUUAUUUAUUCACAAUACAUAAAGAAUAUAUUGUAAUAUUUAUUUAAAAAGUAAAAAAUUAUUAUUCAUUCUGACUAAAAGCAAUACUACAGGAUGAAUUCUUCUUUUUUUUACUUAAUGCUAAAAUGUUGUUUUUAUAUUUGUUUGAAUCUUGAAAGAAAAUCUAUUGCAAACAUUUAAUUAUUAUAAAAAAAAAAUACAUUUUAAAUUGGUAUUAUAUUAUUUUUUGAUAGUCCAAAUAGAAUAUGAUUAUUUUAAAUUUAUUUUCAGGAUCAUUCUUUUAAUAUUAGCCACUCUAUUUCUCUUAAAAUAAUAAUUAUAUAAAGAAAAUGUUUUUUUAUUUAUUUAUUUAUCAAUUUAUUAAUUAUAAUUAAUAAUUAAGUACUUCUUUUAAUGGCAACAUACAUUAAACAUUAUAAAAUAAAAAAUAAUCUAAUUAAGGAAAUGACUGAUCAAUAACAACUUUUGAAAUAGUACUUCGGAAAUUUUUAACAUUUUUAAAUAUAAAGUGGAUGAAGAGAGCCAUAGUCUUAGAUAGUGAUAAUAAUAACAACCCACAUCUCAUUUUCAAUCUAUAUUUUAAAACAGUUAUAACUCCCAAAGGAUGGACUAAAAAUUGUUAUCAACUAAUCAUUUUCUUUUCUUAAAUCACUUCUUAUUUUAUUAGCUAGUUAAAUAUGAAUUUUACCAUAAAAAAAAAAAGUAAAGACUUAAAACGUAUAAGGAUGAAUUAAAAAAUAAUAAUAAUUGAUAAAUCGAAAAAAAAUAUGAAACUAAAAAUUAUCAAAAAGGAUUUUCUUUAUAUAAUUAUUAUUUGAAGAAAGUAGUUAAUAUUAAAAUAAUCACCUUGUAUAUUAUUACCAAUU